AUGGCUGCAUUUUCUAGAGGUAUCCGUUCUUUUGUCUCUCGACUUCCUCAGGAGGAGUUAAUUUGUUCACGAUGUCUCUUCUCGACGACAUCUACUCUUCAAUCAGGCCACAGUCGAUGGUCCAAGAUCAAGCAUGAUAAGGGGAAGGCAGAUGCAAAUAAGGGUUCGCAACGGACUAGCCUUUCCAGAGAGAUAGCUCUUGCUUCAAAGAUGUAUGGCGGAGACCCAAAUUCAAAUCCAAGACUAGCAUCACUGCUGGUAUCCGCGAAGAAAGCCGGCUUCCCAAAAGCUUCAAUGGAAGCCGCAAUUGCUCGCGGCCAAGGGAAAUCUGCAACUGGAGCAACUCUUGAGAAUGUCACACUCGAAGUCAUCAUGCCACCCACCGUUGCCAUGAUCAUCGAUGCCGAAACGGACAAUAAGGCGCGGACAAUGAUGGAUCUGAGACAUCUUGUUAAGGUUCAUGGAGGUUCGGUCACGCCUACCAAUUAUCUGUUCCAGAAGAAAGGAAGGAUUGCGUUCGAGAAAGACGAGAGGAAUCUAGGGGUUGAUGAGGUGCUGGAUGAAGCUAUUGAAGCUGGAGCAGAAGAUGUUGAGGCGGAUGAAGAUGGAAGCAUUGUGGUGUGGACGGAGCCAAAUAAGACUAUGGCCGCUGCGGAAGCUCUGCAGAAAAGUCUCAAUCUGAAGGUGGAGAGCUCGGAUAUCAUCUGGGAUCCAAAUGAGGAUACGAAAGUUCCAUUGGAGUCCCAGGAUGCGGUGAAAGCGUUAUCGGCUUUCGUAGAGGCUUUGCAGGAUAAUCCGCAUGUGCAGGGUGUGUAUGCGAAUGCUGCUCAGGGAGGUCUGGCAGAUGAUAUUUGGGAAGAUCUGCAGGUAAAACUAGAUGCAUAG